UCCAGAGGGAACGCCAGCAGCGGUACAGCAGUCCGGUCCGCGUUCGAAAUUCCGGUGCUGUGCUGUUACUGUGAAAUCGUUCCGCGUCAGCUGAUUCUGUUUGUACUGUUUGCAGUUGUAACCUCUUGAACAUUACAAAGUUCUUAUUAUAAGUUCAGUUAUUAUAGUAUGUAAUACAUUGAAAGAGUUGUACAAUUUUAAUCACGAAAUGGAAGAUUUAAUCUUGCUAGAUAACUUUUUAUCGUCUUCUAGUAGUGAAAACAGUGAUGAUGAAAAUGACGCGAUCAUGUUUUUCAUUCCGCGUCGUGAACGUCGAAGAAUUCCUCGAAUCAAUAAUUACAUAGAAACUGUAAUUGUAAGAUACAAUAAUAAUGAUUUUAAAGAAAAUUUUCAUUACACGAAGAAUAAUGUUUUCCACCAUGAAAAAAAGAUACCAUGCAAACAGCUGACGCGGAACGAUUUCACAGUAACAGUACAGCAGCGGAAUUUCGAACGCGGACCGGACUGCUGUACCGCUGCUGGCGUUCCCUCUGGAACACACCCUCUAGCGGUAGAGUUUUUUAAACAAGUCAUCACUUGUCUGUUUACUUUCGUCUAA